AAACACGAUACCUUCGUCGUGAUAAUCAACAGCAAGAAGUUGCCCUAUCACGCAGGACCUACCUUCCCCGCGAGUCCCUGCAAGGCCAGAUCACUCACUCCGGUUAUAAGCCCCCGAACCUUACGCUUGCGCAGUGAAAGACGCCAGGCAAAGUGCUAACCCGUUCGUUCCCCUGCGGUGAUCAUGGCACCACCCGUAGACAUUGUUCAACGGUUCACUCUUGCCACGGCAUUCCGCGAUCUCAAAACCAGUACACGGCGCUUUUCCGACAAAACUCUUAGCGAAUUACUACAUAAGCCCGACGGAAGGCUGUUGAACCGCAUCGGCGCUGCCGCACUUGACGCCCUCGCCACACUCGCCGUGUGUGCGCCCAACGAAGCGGUCGCACUCGCGGCCGUCCUGAACCGUCAUAGCCACAUCGAGCUGUGUAUCGCGGCAGACACGGAGGAAGUGCCUUGUACUGUCGUCGACCACCUCAACGACAUCUGUGCCCGCUUUCUUAACAUCCGUGCGACCAUUGAAGCAUCUCCUAAUAAAGCCGCCAUACUCGACACAGUCCGCAAGGACCCGCACAUCUCGAACGGCUCUCCGGAACCCGCCCUCGCCGCCCUCCGCCUCCUCGAGCUGGACGUCUACACGUACUCCAGCCCCCGCAUCCGUGCACGAAUUGCCGACGCGCCAUUCGACUGGCUUGACUCGCUCAGCCACCUUGUCGCCUGCCUCAAGGGCGCUCCCGCCGACGCCCGCAACGAUCUAUCCGACGGCGAGAGGGCUGCACUAGGGUCUCUCCAACAGUCCGUACGAGUACAGCGGUACCUCCGAAGAUUCGAGCGGGAGAUCAGCUACCUGCAGGAGUUCGUGCGUGCGGGACCGGAUGUCGACGUGGACGCUGUGCGCCUCCGCCAGCAUUCGGUAACUCUGGCUAUUGAUUCCCACCUGCUCGAAGCAGACAUGCCACAAUUUGAUCACUUUAUCUCCUCGCAUAUCACCCGCGCAACCGGAACACCUCCCUGCCAGCCCCCCCACACCCACGAAUGGAUCAAGAAGGUGACCUACGUCAACGCCGCAUUCGACGCUUUGACCAGGAUUCUCGUCACACCCGUCGUUUCCGCGAUGUUCGGCGCGCACGUGCCCAUCCAUCCCAUCAUCAACGUCC